GCAGGAAGACUCCGCUGUCCUGCUUCCCGCCAGUCUUCAGAGCGUCUGGACGUCUGACGUCAGAGGACAAAGUCCCGAGCCGGUGCGAGUCUGAGGGAGACUUUGGACAAUCCUGGACACUGUUGUCAGCCUCCGGCCACACUUCCGGUCCUGUUGGACCCCGACGACCUUCCUUUCCUCGGGACUCUUGGACUCCCGCCUCUGGAACACGUGACGUCAUUCGCAGCCGGUCCAGGACCUCGCAGACUUGAGUGCGGGACUUUGCAACAUCUCAGGACUUUCUAGCCAAUUAUUACACCGCUGUGGAAUAUUGGAGGACUUUCUAGCAAACUAUUACACCGCUGUGGAAUAUUUACAGAGGAUUGAAAUACUUUGAAGACAUGACGGCCAACAAGGACAAAAAGAGGAGCAGCUCAGAGCGCCGCAAGGAGAAGUCACGUGACGCCGCUCGCUGUCGCCGCAGUAAAGAAAGCGAAGUUUUCUACGAGCUGGCUCACCAACUUCCUGUGGCUCGCAGCAUCAGCGCUCACCUGGACAAGGCGUCCAUCAUGAGGCUCGCCAUCAGCUUCCUGCGCACACGCACGCUCUUUGCCACAGGCUGCAAUGGCAACGAGGAGGAGCAGAUGAGCAGCUUCUACCUGAAGUCUCUGGAGGGCUUCGUCACCGUGGUAACGUCUGACGGGGACAUGAUCUUCCUGUCGGAAAACAUCAACAAAUUCAUGGGGCUCACACAGGUGGAGCUGACGGGUCACAGCAUCUUCGACUUCACACACCCGUGUGAUCACGACGAGAUCAGAGAGAACCUCAGCCUCAAGACCGCCAGCAGCGGCUUCAGAAAGAAGAGCAAAGAGCAAAACACCGAGCGGGACUUCUUCAUGCGGAUGAAAUGUACUGUGACCAACAGGGGGCGCACUGUCAACCUGAAGUCUGCCAGCUGGAAGGUGCUUCACUGCGUGGGACACCUGAAGAUGUGCAACAGCGCCACCUCGCCGGUGCCGUGCAGCUUGAAAGACCCGCCCCUCACCUGUGCAGUCUUGAUGUGUGAGCCUAUCCCACACCCCUCCAACAUCCACGCCCCGUUUGACAGCAGGACAUUCCUCAGCAGACACAGCAUGGACAUGAAGUUCACUUACUGUGACGACAGAGUAACAGAGUUGAUGGGUUACACUCCUGAUGAUCUGUUGGGCCGCUCAGUCUAUGACUUCUAUCACGCUCUGGACUCUGACAAUGUCACCAAAAGUCAUCACAACUUGUGCACCAAAGGGCAGGCGGUGUGCUCUCAGUACCGCAUGCUGGCAAAGAGCGGAGGUUACGUGUGGCUCCAAAGUCAAAGCACCGUCAUCUACAACAACCGCAACUCUCAGCCUCAGUGCAUCGUCUGCAUCAACUAUGUCCUCAGUGACAUCGAAGAGAAGUCCACCGUCUUCUCCCUGGAGCAGACCGAGUCUCUGUUCAAGCCCCGCCUCCUCAGCAGCUUCUUCACAGGCGGAGGAGGAGGAGGAGGCCUAGAACCCGGUCUAGACCCCGGAGACGUGCUCUUUACCAAACUCAAGGACGAGCCGGAGGACCUGGCCCAGCUGGCGCCCACACCUGGAGACACCAUCAUCAGCCUGGACUUUGGCGGUCCUCGUCUGGACGAGUCGGCAGAGCAGGCGACGUACCGCCAGUUGUCGGCUGCCGCCAUGCCCCCACCUGGACCGCCGUCCUGGGCCGGCGAGGGCCAGAAGGCGGUGCCGCCUCCAUCUAUAGGGGGCGGGACUAACAUGGCGUCCUCGGUCACCGCGCGGCAGAAUCCGCCGCCAUGCAGCGCCACUCCCAGCCUGAGCAGCUGCUCCACGCCCAGCAGCCCAGAAGAUUACAACAGCACUACUGACAGCGACCUGAAGGUGGAGCUAACGGAGAAACUCUUCGCUUUGGACACCAAAGACAGUCCUGUGUCUACUGAGAGGGACUUGAGUGACUUUGAUCUGGAGACGUUGGCUCCCUACAUCCCCAUGGACGGAGAAGACUUCCAGCUCAAUCCCAUCAUCUCAGACUUUGAGGCUCUGGAAGAGGGUGUGUCCACGGGGAGCGGUGGUGGCGGCGGCAGCCUGGCUCAGUCCCAGCAGACCCCCCAGCAGAGCUUCAGCAACAUUGCCAGCCUCUUCCAGCCGCUCUCCUCGCCCCCUCUGCAGCAAGGCCGCUACCGGACCCAUCCCGCCGCCGCCACCACCUCCUCCUGGUCUGCGGGGGAGGACAGAGGCUGUGGUCAGGGGGAGCUGGACCCGAGGACGAGGUGCCACAUGAUGGGUUGCAUGCAGAACCCCCCAUACCAAGUGCCUGCCAGCACCCCUUUGUCUUCCAUGGGGGGCAUUCAGAACCUGCAGUGGCCUCCUGACCCUCUGCUGACUUACCAGCAACACGCCAACAAAGGUUACCGCAUGGACUCUUUGUCAGGAGACCCGCGCCUGUCUUGCCAGCAGAACCUCCAGAGCGUCCUGCACAACCACAGGUCCAUGGAGAACUUUGGACAAGCUUAUAGAGACCUGCGUCCUCCUCGUCUAGACAACAGUGUCAAACGCUCCUUCGAUCAAAUGGCGGGUGAAUGUAAGACCUCAGAAGUCAUGUGGAAGAAGAUGAGGAGCAACAUGUCCGGCGGGCUGAAAGCAGACACCAGGACUUUGUGUUCGGGAAGUGUGCAGCAGCACAGGAAGUCUCAGUAUCCAGGAAGUCUUGCCAGUCGCUUACUGGGUCCGUCGUACGACUUCUGUCUGCCGGAGUUGACCCGCUACGACUGCGAGGUCAACGUACCGCUGCAGGGCCACCUGCACCUGCUGCAGGGCUGUGACCUGCUGAGAGCUCUGGACCAGAACACCUAGAAGGUCCUCAUCCUGACAUGGACCUCACUUGGCUGGAACGAUGGACACCACUCCCACACUUGGACUGCCUUGUUUCCUCCUUCUGUAGCCGCCGUCUUGUUGUCCCCCUCACCCCAACACGGAUGUGUCAUGUGACCAUGGGUGACCUGUAGGCCGCGAGAGGUCACAGGUCAGCAGUUUGUGACAUGGUGUCAGAGGAGAUGAUGUUCAUUCUUAACCAAUACACGUAACCAAAUUUUAUCGUUCGCUAAUACACGUUAGCUCAUUUUUAUUGUAAGCUGGCACACGUUAGCUCAUUUCCAUUGUUAGCUGAUAUAUGUUAGCUAAAUGUUAUUGUUAGCUAAUACACGUUAGCUAAUCUCCAUUGUAAGCUGAUACAUGUUAGCUAAAUGUUAUUGUUAGCUAAUACACGUUAGCUAAUCUCCAUUGUAAGCUGAUAUAUGUUAGCUAAGUUUUAUUGUUAGCCGAUAUGUAUUAGUUAAGUUUCAUUGUUAGCUAAUACACGUUAGCUAAGUUUUAUUGUCAGCCAAUACAUAUAAGCUAAGUUUCUUUGUUAGAUCAUACACAUUAGCUCAUUUUCAUUGUUUGCCAAUACACGUUAGCUAAUUUCCCUUUUUAGCCGACAUACAUGAUUUAAUUUUCAUUGUUAGCUAAUGACCAUUAGCUAAGUUUCAUUGUUAGCCAGUACAUGUCAGCUAAAUGUCAUCAUUAGAUCGUACACAUUAGCUCAUUUCCAUUGUUCACUGACACACGCAAGCUAAUUCUCAUUGUUUGCUGAUACACGUUAGCUAACGUCCAUUGUUAACUGAUACACAUAAGCUCAUUUUAAUUGUUAGCUAAUACACAUGAGCUCAAUUUCCAUUGUUAGCUGAUACACCUUAGCUCAGAUUCAUUGUUAGAUCAUACACAUUCGCUAAUUUUCAUUGAGAGCUAAUACACGUUAGCUCAUUCCUAUCGUAAGCUAAAACACGUUAGCUCAUUUCCGUCGUUAGCUAAUACUUGUCAGCUAAAUUUCAUUGUCAGAUCAUACACUUUAGCUCAUUUUCAUUGCUGGUCGAUACAUGUUAGCUAACACAUGUUAGCUAAGUUUCAUCGCUAGAUCGUACACAUUAGUUAAUUGUCUUAGCUCGUAAGUCCAAUUUAUUUGUAGUCCAAAUGAAUCCUUCAUGCAGUAAUAACUACAUCUAUGCACUCAAAUACCGUAAUGCACUAUAAUACAUGCAUCUACUCUAAUAAAUCCAAGUAAUCGAAUACAUCCAUGUAAUCUUAUACACAUAUGUACUCUAAUUCAUGCAGGCACUCUAUUAUGUACUCUUAAUAGCCAUAUGUACGCUAACACAAGUAUGUACUUUGUGCAUAUAAGUAUGUACUUUGUGCGUAUAAGUAUGUACUCUGUGUAUAUAAGUAUGUACUUUGUGCAUAUAAGUAUGUACUCUGUACACACACACACACAUUCUUUAAGGACUGUUAGAACCACAUUGAAAGAAAUAAUCAUUUUAAAAAAGAGAUUAUAGGAUCAGCAGAGUAGAGUUGAAAAAAUACCAUUUUUUAAAUAAAUGUGUUAUAUUACAAAAUAUUUUUUUUCAGAUAACAAAUUUACAUAAAAUGACUUUAUUUAUGUAAUACAAGUUUAUACUUGUAAAGGUAGUUUUGAGAAAAUAAAUAAUCUAGAAUGUCCUCAUAAAAUGUAAAAUAUUUUCAUAAUUCCAUAUUAUUACUAAGACCUAUAAAAUGAAUGUUUGUAAUAUUUAGUUGUUAUUCUCGUACAAUUACAAAUUGAAAACCCCAGUAAUGAAGUAUUUGGUGUGGUCCAAGUACUCCUUUGUAGCAUUCAUGUAUUCAUCUGCAAUAUUAGCAGAGACGCAAUCAAGUUAUGGAGUUAGUCGUCCCGUUUAAGUCACUUUAGACAUGAUGUCAUGAUUUUAUGUAUACAUUUAUAUGUAUGUAUUUAUGUAUAUAUAUGUAUGUGUGUGUAUAUAUACAUACAUACAUAUGUAUAUACAUAUAUAUGUAUGUAUAUGUGGGUGUAUGUAUAUAUAUAUACAUACAUACAUAUAUAUGUGUGUGUGUAUAUAUACAUACACACAUACAUACAUAUAUAUAUGUAUAUAUAUAUAUAUGUGUAUGUAUGUAUAUGUGUGUGUGUGUGUGUGUGUAUAUAUACACACACACACAUACAUAUAUAUGUAUAGAUGUAUGUAUAUAUAUACAGUUGGGCAAAAAAGUAUUUAGUCAGCCAGCGAUUGUGCAAGUUCUCCCACUUAAAACGAUGACAGAGGUCUGUCAUUUUCAUCAAAGGUACACUUCAACUGUGAGAGACGGAAUGUGAAAUGUGAAAAAAUCCAGGAAUUCACAUUGUAGGAAUUUUAAAGAAUUUAUUCGUAAUUCAUGGUGGAAAAUAAGUAUUUGGUCAAGCAUUCAAAGCUCUCACUGAUGGAAGGAGGUUUUGGCUCCAAAUCUCAGGAUACAUGGCCCCAUUCAUUCUUUCCUUAACACGGAUCAAUCGUCCUGUCCCCUUAGCAGAAAAACAGCCCCAAAGCAUGAUGUUUCCACCCCCAUGCUUCACAGUAGGUAUGGUGUUCUUGGGAUGCAACUCAGUAUUCUUCUUCCUCCAAACACCACCAGUUGAGUUUAUACCAAAAAGUUCUAUUUUGGUUUCAUCUGACCACAUGACAUUCUCCCAAUCCUCUGCUGUAUCAUCCAUGUAUCCAUUUUGGUAUAAACUCAAGAACACCAUACCUACUGUGAAGCAUGGGGGUGGAAACAUCAUGCUUUGGGGCUGUUUUUCUGCUAAGGGGACAGGACGAUUGAUCCGUGUUAAGGAAAGAAUGAAUGGGGCCAUGUAUCCUGAGAUUUGGAGCCAAAACCUCCUUCCAUCAGUGAGAUCUUUGAAUGGUUGACCAAAUACUUAUUUUCCACCAUCAUUUACAAAUAAAUUCUUUAAAAUUCCUACAAUGGGAAUUCCUGGAUUUUUUUUUCACAUUCUGUCUGUCACAGUUGAAGUGUACCUAUGAUGAAAAUGACAGACCUCUGUCAUCAUUUUAAGUGGGAGAACUUGCACAAUCGCUGGCUGACUAAAUACUUUUUUGCCCCACUGUGUAGUACUGCCAGUUCUGUGUACAAACAUGUGUAGUACUGCCAGUACUGUGUACAAUCAUGUGUAGUACAUGUGUAGUACUGCCAGUACUGUGUACAAUCAUGUGUAGUACAUGUGUAGUACUGCGAGUACUGUGUACAAACAUGUGUAGUACUGCCAGUAUUGUGUACAAUCAUGUGUAGUACAUGUGUAGUACUGCCAGUGCUGUGUACAAUCAUGUGUAGUACAUGUGUAGUACUGCGAGUACUGUGUACAAACAUGUGUAGUACUGCCAGUACUGCGUACAAUCAUGUGUAGUACAUGUGUAGUACUGCGAGUACUGUGUACAAACAUGUGUAGUACUGCCAGUAUUGUGUACAAUCAUGUGUAUUACAUGUGUAGUACUGCCAGUACUGUGUACAAUCAUGUGUAGUACAUGUGUAGUACUGCGAGUACUGUGUACAAACAUGUGUAGUACUGCCAGUACUGUGUACAAUCAUGUGUAGUACAUGUGUAGUACUGCCAGUACUGUGUACAAACAUGUGUAGUACUGCCAGUACUGUGUACACACAUGUGUAGUACAUGUGUAGUACUGCCAGUACUGUGUACACACAUGUGUAGUACAUGUGUAGUACGGCCAGUACUGUGUACAAACAUGUGCAGUAUUUAUAAAGUAUCCUACUCGUCUUGCCGUUUGCGCUUUAAAAGCCUUGUCAAGUUUUAUGUAGUGUGGCAAAGCAGCUCCUUUACACGUAAACAUUUACUAGUGUGUACUAGAACAACACUGACUAGUGCACACUAGACAAACACAAAGAGGUGCACACAACAACAACAACAACAACACUAACUAGUGUGUACUAGAAGAACAUUUAACUGGUGCACACAACAACACUAACAAGAGCGUGCAAGACACAACACUGACUUAUGUGUACUAGAACAACACUAGCUUAUGUGUACUAGAACAACACUAGCUUAUGUGUACUAGAACAACACUAAUUAGAGCAUGGUAGAAACAACACUAGUGCUCACUAGAACAACACUAACAAUUGCGUACUAGAAGCAACACUAACUAAUGCACAUUAGGACAACACUAACUAGUGCACACUAGGACAACACUCACUAGUGCGUACUAGAACAACAUUAACUAGUGCACAUUAGGAUGACACUAACUAGUGCACACUAGGACAACACUAACUAGUGCGUACUAGAACAACAUUAACUAGUGCACAUUAGGAUGACACUAACUAGUGCACACUAGGACAACACUAACUAGUGCGUACUAGAACAACAUUAACUAGUGCACAUUAGGAUGACACUAACUAGUGCACACUAGGACAACACUAACUAGUGCGUACUAGUACAACUCUAACUAGUGCUCGCUUGACAAAGACUAACAAUUGCCUACUAGAAGCAACUCUAACUAGUACACUUUAGGACAACACUAACUAGUGCACACUAAAACAACAAUAAUGUACUAGAAACAACACUAACUAGUGAGCACUUAGACAAGACUAGUUUGUGCUCGCCAGGACAACACUAACCAGCAUGUACCAGAAACAACACUAACUUGUGUGUACUAAAACAACACUAACUAGUGCAUACAAGUAGUAACAGUAACUAGUGCAUGCUAGAAACAACACUAACUUGUGUGUACUAAAACAACACUAACUAGUGCAUACAAGUAGUAACAGUAACUAGUGCAUGCUAGAAACAAGACUAACUUAUCUUGUUCUAGUACUAACCAGUUAAUCUCAUUUCUAGUACACACUAACUAGUGCGUACUUGAAAACUUACUAGUGCGUACUAGAAACAGGACUAACUAGUGCAUACUAGAAACAAGACUAAAUAGUGUGUACUAGAAACAAGAUUCACUAAGGCAUACGAGAAAAAAGUGUAACUAGUGCCCAAUAGAAAACAAGACUAACUACGGGUGUACUAGAAACAAGACUAGUGUGUACUAGAAACAAGAUCACACUAAUGCAUACUAGAAACAAGUGUAACUAGUGCCCACUAGAAACAAUUCUUACUAGGGUGUACUAGAAACAAGACUAGUGUGUACUAGAAACCAGGUCACACUAAUGCAUACUAGAAACAAGUGUAACUAGUGCCCACUAGAAACAAUUCUUACUAGGGUGUACUAGAAACAAGACUAACCAGUGCAUACUAGAAACAACACUAUUUAGUGCGUACUACAAACAAGACUAAUUAGUGUGUACUAGACUCAAGACUCACUAAUGCAUACGAGAAACAAGUGUAACUAGUGCCCACUAGAAACAAGACUAACUACAGGUGUACUAGAAAGAAGACUGACUAGUGUGUACUAGAAACAAGACUCACUAAUGCAUACGAGAAACAAGUGUAACUAGUGCCCCCUGGAAACAAGACUAACAACGGGUGUACUAGAAACAAGACUGACUAGUGUGUACUAGAAACAAGACUCACUAAUGCGUACUACAAAACAAGUGUAACUAGUGCCCUCUAGAAACAAGACUAACUAGUGUGUACUAGAAGCAACACUAGUGCGCCCUAGAAAAAAGACUAACUAGUGUGUACUAGAAACACGUCUAACUAGUGUGUACUAGGAACGAGUGUAACUCGAGUGUACUAGAAACAAUACUAACCAGUGCAUACUAGAAACAAGCCUAACCAGUGCGUACUAGAAAGUAGACUAUCUAGUGUGUACUAUAAACUAGUGCGUACUUGAAACAAGCGUAACUGGAGUGUACUAGAAACAAUACAAACUAGAUUAAGAGGGUCUAGUUGCUGGUUGGUCCCAAGAGUGGAUCAGUGGUGUUGUGUUCAAUUGAAGUGUGUGAGAUGACCACCAGGGGGCCACUGCGGGCAACCUGAUGUCACGUGACGUGUGAUGUCAUGUGAUGUCACGUGUCACGUGAUGUCACGUGUCAUGUGAUGUCAUGUGACGUCACAUGAUGGCACGUGUCAUGUGAUGUCAUGUGACGUCACAUGAUGGCACGUGUCAUGUGAUGUGAUGUCAUGUCAUGUGACGUGUGAUGUCAUGUGACGUCACGUGAUGGCACGUGUCAUGUGAUGUCAUGUGACGUCACGUGAUGGCACGUGUCAUGUGAUGUCAUGUGACGUCACGUGAUGGCACGUGUCAUGUGAUGUCAUGUGACGUCACGUGAUGGCACGUGUCAUGUGAUGUCAUGUGACGUGUGAUGUCAUGUGACGUGUGAUGUCGUGUGAUGUCACGUGAUGGCACGUGUCAUGUGAUGUGAUGUCAUGUCAUGUGACGUGUGAUGUCAUGUGACGUCACGUGAUGGCACGUGUCAUGUGAUGUCAUGUGACGUCACGUGAUGGCACGUGUCAUGUGAUGUCAUGUGACGUCACGUGAUGGCACGUGUCAUGUGAUGUCAUGUGACGUCACGUGAUGGCACGUGUCAUGUGAUGUCAUGUGACGUCACGUGAUGGCACGUGUCAUGUGAUGUCAUGUGACGUCACGUGAUGGCACGUGUCAUGUGAUGUCAUGUGACGUCACGUGAUGGCACGUGUCAUGUGAUGUCAUGUGACGUGUGAUGUCAUGUGACGUGUGAUGUCGUGUGAUGUCACGUGAUGGCACGUGUCAUGUGAUGUGAUGUCAUGUCAUGUGACGUGUGAUGUCAUGUGACGUCACGUGAUGGCACGUGUCAUGUGAUGUCAUGUGACGUCACGUGAUGGCACGUGUCAUGUGAUGUCAUGUGACGUCACGUGAUGGCACGUGUCAUGUGAUGUCAUGUGACGUCACGUGAUGGCACCUGCCAUGUGAUGUCAUGUGACGUGUGAUGUCAUGUGACGUGUGAUGUCGUGUGAUGUCACGUGAUGGCACGUGUCAUGUGAUGUCAUGUGCUGUCAUGUGAUGUCAUGUGAUGUCACGUGACUGCUCACUUUUCUACUUUUGUCCUUUUGAAGUUGAGUCAGAAGCUGAAGACUUGAUGCUGAAAGUGUUGCGUCAUCAUCAAUGAUGUGGAGUGUUUCUGCAGGUGGAGGAAAGCAAGGAAGAGAAGAGAAGGUUAUGUGAUUAAUAUUAUUAUUAUUAUUAAUAAUAAUAAUAAUAAUAUUUAUAUUAUUAUUAUUAUUAUUAGAAAAAUAAUUAGAGUGACUGUUUUUCCUGAAUGUAGAGAAAAGCUAAUGCUAGUCAUGCUAACUUUACGUCCUCUAGCCUUUCAACAAUAUCAACAUUUUGUUCAAACAACUUUGCAGUUUGAAAUGUUUUAUUUCCACAUAUUUACUUGUGUUGUUGUAUCUGCUGCACAUUCUUAUGAUAUAUACAUAUAUAUAUAUAUAUUUAUAUGACAGUACAUAAUAAUAUGUACACAAUCUAUAUUAGCUUUGUUCAGUAAGAAGUUUGUUUCCUGCACUGAUCUUCUUAUUAAAGUAUAUCAAUAUUCUUCUUA